GGUAGUAAAACACAAACCGUUGAGCGAGUAGCAUUGAUUACCAGAAAAAAGAAGUUAUAAACCUAGAAUUCAAGGUGAAAAGCUGCCAAAAUGUCAGCCUUACGACUGGCUCUACAGUUCAUUCUCCUUAGUCUUGUGCUAGUUUCGGGAAAGUUUCGCUAUUACAGGAAGUACAGAUACUCCCCGGAGCUGAUAAGCGAGUUGAAAGACUUUGAAAAGCUGAUCCCCAGUGUCACCAUCGACGAAUUGGUGGCCGAGCACAUGAUCACAGACUCGGGUUUUCGCAAAGCCGCCAAGUUUUUGCGCAGCUCCGAUUUCAAGAGGUUACAACAACGCACUGAGUCUCUGCCAGAAGUUGUGGAUCUGAUUAUUUUUGUGCACCUGAACGAUACUGUCCAGGGAAAAAGGCAAAAGUACUGGCAGCACCAUGACAAUUACAAUAGAUUACCAAGGUCUGUGGGCAACGUUCCCAGAGAGGAGAUUGUUUUGGUGCUACUUGAACCCAUCUCAGAGACCAAGAAUCUGGGUUCUUUCACCAGCUUUGUGCAGGAGCUACUCACUCAUCUGCCCCGAGAUCGAUUUGUGGCCUUGAUCAAUGAAAAACGCCAGAAAAGUCCCUUAUUUGCGAAAUUCUACCAGGCAUUGAAAAGUGCUGAGUUUAAGACGAAGGCUGAGGCAGCUUGGAAAACCUCAAAUGUACAGAGCGUGGUCCGGGAGCUCUCAGGCCACUCCAUCGAUGCGCAGGAACUGAAAACGAUUGGCUACGAAGUCCUCUCCUGGGGCCCUACGUAGUGUGAGAAAUGCCAAAUAAAAUCGGAAUUCAAGUUCCUGCAUAAAAAUA